AUGGCUCUCCUCCACUUUCGUGCCCUUUUUACCAAGGACAUCGACCGAGAAAACGUUCUUCUCCUCUUAGUGGUUGCCUCCGUGGUCUUUCUCAUUGUCUUCAUCAGUCUGAAGGGUCAGAGAAAUUCGUCGUCACGCCCGGAUCUACCAUGGGUAGGAAGAAAUGAGAAAGCCUGGUUCAUCCGCAACAUUCGCACCCGGCUAUGGAACAUGAUGAAUUACGAGCAGGCGUUGCGGUUGGCUUAUGACAAUUACGCUCGACACAAUCGACCCUGCAUCCUCGCCACCCUCGAUGGGGAUGUUGUGCUUCUCCCACCCUCAUCCAUACCCUGGAUGAUAUCACAGCCUGAACAUGUCCUCAGCGUCAACGGCGCGCAUAAACAUAUCCUCCAGACAAAAUAUACGUUUCCCCGCCCCGAGAUCAUGGAUCCGACUGUUCAUUUCGAUGUAAUCAAAUCCGAACUCACUCGCCAAGUCUUCGCCGUGACACCAGAUGUCUGUGACGAGAUGGCCGCUGCCGUCGAUGAGAUCUGGGGCAAAAACACCAAGAACUUCGAGGACAUCAAACUGUUUGAUUCUAUCACGAAAAUUAUCGCUAGAACCAGUAAUCGUGUCUUCGUGGGGUUGCCGCUUUGCCGGAACGAACAUUACCUCGAGAACGCAAUCGGAUUUGCCGAAGAUAUCGCCCUUUCCGCCACGGUAUUACGACUCUUCCCUGGUCCAAUCAGAUCCCUCGUCGCCCCAAUCGUGACUUACCCAAACCGCAAACAUACUCGCUCAUAUACGAAGAUUUUGACCCCUGAAAUCCUUCGUCGACAACAGCUGCAGCAAGGUGGUGCGAACCUCGAGGACGUCGAGAACGACGGAGCAAAGGCUUCAGGAAAGGAGACAGGGGCCGAGAGAAAUGAUUUUCUCCAAUGGCUUUUGACGCGAUCCCUGAGAAAAUCUCACGUGUUUCCUGAUGAAGCGGAUCCCGACAUCAUCUGUGCGCGACUUCUGCACACCAACUUCGCCUCAGUCCAUACGACAAGCUUCAUCGGCACGAACGCCAUCCUUGACAUUCUCGCCACGCCUCCCUCCGAAGGAGUCGUCGACAAGCUCCGUGCCGAGGCCCUCGCGACCAUGGAUACGGACGACGAAUCUGAACCUGGAUCGAAAAUGUGGUCGCGCACCAGUUUGGGGAACAUGCACUUUCUCGACUCGGCGCUCCGAGAGAGUUCGCGCCGGGCAAGUAUCAUCGGAGUCGGCGUGAAUCAUAAAGUCAUUGUUCCCGGCGGAGUGACGACGCCAGAUGGCACGCAUCUCCCGGAAGGAUGUAUGGUAGCCGUGCACAGUUGGGGGCUGCAUAAUGACGAGGGCAUCUAUGCUGGGGCUGGAGGAUAUAGGCCGUUCAGAUUCGUUGAACUGAGAGAUCAAAUCGGGGAGUGCCCUGGUGAGAAUGAUAUGGCCGAGUCUGCUGCGAAGGAGAAGGAGAAGGCGUAUCUCGACAAGGCGCAUCUCCAAUUCAUCGCCACAUCCCCGACGUAUCUGGGUUUCGGACACGGUCGACAUUCGUGUCCGGGCCGAUUCUUCGCCGCCAAUGAACUCAAGCUGCUCAUUGCGUACUUGCUCACCAGAUACGAUAUCCAUAUGGUCAUGGAAGGAGGCGUCAGUGGGAAUUGGAACGGAGAGGGGGUCCGGCCAGAGUGUUUUUGGGCUGGGCCGAAUCAUAUCCCGCCUAUGGGUGCUAAAGUGAGCGUCAGGCGGAGGUCAGAAGUGUAG